AUGGUGCUGUCUGGGGCAGAUGUGAGGAGGCAGGAGCGUGUGAACCAGAGGCUGAAUGGUCCAGGGGGUGAAGAGCACCCGUCCCAGGAACCCCACGCUCCUGCCCCAGACAUGUUCUCCUACCUGCGGAGCCCACACUACAUCAGUACGUCCCCCACCGGCCCGGCCCGCUCCGACUCUCCGGUCUACACCAACCUGCAGGAGCUGAAGGUGUCCCAGUCCAGCAUGCCCCCUGUGCCCUCGGGCUCCCCUCUGCACCUGCUGGGAGACUGGGAGACCCACAAGGACUCCAGCGGCCGGCACUUCUACUACAACAGAGGCAGCGGGGAGAGGACGUGGAAGCCCCCUCGCACACGAGACACGUCCAGCAACGGCAGCAGUCUGCGAGGGGACAGCCAGGGCCCCGGGGACACAGAGCCGCUGUCCUCAGAAGAGAACUGCAACAGCACUCACUCCAGUCAGUCGGACAGUCAGUACGGGUCGCCCCCUAGAGGCUGGUCUGAGGAGCUGGACGAGCACGGCCACACCACCUACGUGUCAGAGUACACCCAGGAGAAGUGGAUCAAACACAUGGAUGAGCAGGGCCGGCCGUAUUACUACAGCGCAGACGGCUCCAGGUCGGAGUGGGAGCUGCCCAGGUACAACAUCUCACCUCAGUGCGGGGAGCUGCCCAAAAGUCGCAGUCUGGAGAGGAAGCAGCAGGAGCCCAUUGUCCUGACCAAGUGGAGACACAGCACCUACGUUCUGGACCUAAAUGACAAGGAGAACCCUCCAGCAGGGCCCAAGCAGAGCUCCCCGGACUCUGACUCCUGCCCAUCGUCUCCCAAACACCCCUCCACUCCCUCGGAAAAGUGCGGAGUCCUCAACGUCACCAAAAUCACAGAGAAUGGAAAGAAAGUGCGGAAGAACUGGGCGUCGUCCUGGACCGUGCUUCAAGGCUCCUCUCUGCUGUUCGCCAAGGGCCAGGGGGGCACCACCAGCUGGUCUUACUAUCGCAGCAGCUCUCUCCCUGAGCUGCUCCUGUCUCUGCUCAGCUCCUGGAAGCGCUCAGCCAAACCCCGGCCCGCGGUGUCCUAUGUGUCCUCUGCUUUUGGGGGAAACCAGUCCAAGCCCGAGUUCACCGUGGACCUGAGAGGCGCCUCUGUGGAGUGGGCGUCCAAAGACAAGUCCAGCAAGAAGCACGUCAUCGAGCUGAAGACGCGGCAGGGCACCGAGCUGCUGAUCCAGUCCGAGAUCGACAGUGUGGUCAGCGAGUGGUUCAGAGCCCUGAGCGACGCCAUCAGCACACACGCGUGGGAGUCUGACGAGGCCAUCGAGGAGGACAUGCCCGAGUCUCCAGGAGCUGAGAAGCAGGACAAGGAGAAAGAGCAGCGCGAGUCCAAGAAGAACAGAGUGAUGAAGAGCUCGGUGAGUAUGGACGCCUCAGACCAGAAGAAGACCAGGUUGAAGCUCAAGAAGUUCCUGAUCCGACGGCCCACGUACCAGGCAGUCCGAGACAAGGGCUACAUCAAAGACACUGUGUUUGGCUGCAGUCUGAGCUCGCUGUGCCAGAGGGAGAACUCCACCGUGCCCCAUUUUGUGCGAAUGUGCAUCAACCACGUGGAAGACAACGGUCUGGAUGUGGACGGUCUGUACAGAGUCAGCGGGAACCUGGCCGUCAUCCAGAAACUGCGCUUUGCUGUCAAUCACGAUGAGCCGCUGCAGCUGGAUGACAGUAAGUGGGAGGACAUCCACGUGACGACAGGAGCCCUGAAGAUGUUCUUCAGAGAGCUGCCGGAGCCGCUCUUCACCUACAGCUGCUUCAACCACUUCGUCAACGCCAUCAAGUGUCAGGAGCAGAAGCAGCGGCUUCACUGUAUCCGGGAUCUGAUCCAGAAGCUGCCGAAGCCAAACCACGACACAAUGCAGGCGCUCUUCAGCCACCUGCGGAGGGUGGUGGAGCACGGCGAGUCCAACCGCAUGACGACCCAGAGCGUGGCCAUCGUCUUCGGCCCCACGCUGCUGCGCCCAGAGACCGAGUCGGGCAACAUGGCGGUGCACAUGGUCUACCAGAACCAGAUCGUGGAACUCAUCCUGCUGGAGUACGACAGUGUGUUCGGCAGAACAAGCCUGAGGCGGUGGAAAGACGACAGGGGUCCAAAGGUGUUUUGUGCAGAGGUCUGGACUGGGACCACAGCUUGGGACGCCUGUGCUUCAGUGACCUGA